AUGUUUGGACAGUUGCUGCUAUCGAUCUCUGUAUUUACGGCCGGUUUCCUAUUAAACGACAAGAAAUAUGCGGUCACUUCUACGGAAGCCCCGAAUGUGACCCCAAGUGUGAUCGCAAACGGCGUCCCAAAUGUGACAUUAUUUCCACCGCGAAGAUCAACGGAUAUGAUUGUGUCGGAUCUGAAUGACGUGACAAUCUUCCUGCUGAUGGCACAACAGGCGGAGCUUCCCGUGUACUUCGAAGUGGUCAAACCGGCCCUCCAGUUGGCUAUAGAGAGAGUCCGAAUAAUGUACCCAAACCUACGGUUCCAUUUGGUGGCGCGAAAGGACGAGAGCGCCUGCAUUCACAACGUUGCCGGCGCUCUGGCGGCCGAGGAGUUCUACCUGAGAAAAGUGGACGUAAUAGUGGGCCCGGCGUGUAGUAUGGCGUUGGAUCCGGUGGCCCGGAUGGCCUCGUACUGGAACGUCCCUAUCUUCACCGGUGGGGGUAUUGGCGUUGAGUUCUCUAAGAAACAGACCUAUACUUCAUUGACUCGAAUGGCCUUUUCAUUGGAUCGUGUCUCGCAUUUCUUGGUGAAGAUCAUCCGUGAGUACGACUGGCACCACAUCUCACUCAUUGUAGACGAGACAGAGAUGACCAACACUCUCAUCAAAGUUAGUCUGCAAUCGGUGUUCAAAGAAGUAGAGUUCGGACACGAAAUCAAUUUAGACAUCCAGACGUUCACCAGAAAAGACAACGCGACCGUCAAUUACCAGAAGAUCCUGAAACAGGCUUCCCGUGCGGCCAGAGAUAAACGUAACAAACAGGCCCGAGAGAUGUACGAGUCGCUCAUGAUGGUGGCCGUACGGGUGCCCACGUCGCCCGAGUACGCCACCUUCACACACAAAGUGACGCAGAUGUCCCUGGAUGAGUUUGCUGGCAAAACUGUGCUUGAACAGAACAAUCAAAAUCAAGUGACAUCAACGAAACUCUCUAAUAUCCAGGUUAACCCUAUUGUGGCCGCUUUCUAUGACUGUGUCCUAAUGUACGCCUGGGCCUACAAUAAAACACUGGCGGUGGGUGGAGACCCGAGGGAUGGCCGUACACUCGCCCGCCGUUUAUGGGACACAUCCUUCAAAGAUGGACUCACGGGUGAUAUCUCUAUCAAUGAAAACGGCGAUCGAGAGGCCGAUUACACUCUCAACGACUUGGACCCCGAGACAGGCAUUAUGCGACCCGUGGCCUCAUAUUUUGGGGCCCGACGUUUGUUUGAAAAGUUACAGGGAGUGGAGGUGCACUGGCCCAAUGGCAAAAAGACACAGCCACCCGAUGUUCCCUAUUGUGGUUUCACAGGCGAUGCACCACAUUGCAUUAUUAAAGACAUCAUUUUCCCCGAACAUGUGGUCAAAAGCAGACAAUCGGGAGGAAAGUCUGUUAUGUCACUUACCUUUUCUGAAACUGAUGGAUACGCGGCCUCUGGAAAGGCAUCGACAGCUAAGAUCGGGUCAGUCGUCAACUCACUGGUCAGCGCCGCCGGAGUUAUCGAUUCAGUUCUGGUCGCCUCUUAUAAGGGGAACAGAGUUGCGGUCAAACCGUUGAAUAUAAAGAGAUUGAAUUUGAGUCGAGAAUUACUACAAGAAUUGAAAUCUAGUCAAUGUCUACCCCAACCUACCAUUCCCUCCCACACCAAGCAGAUGCGGGAGCUGACUCACGAGAAUUUGGUCAGAUUUGUGGGGUUGUGUCCGGACGAGCAAAAUUUAGCCGUUGUGACCGAACUCUGCAUUAGAGGCAGUCUUCGGGAUCUGUUGGAGAACGAGAAGAUCAACAUUGACUGGAAUUUCCGGUACUCUAUGAUGACAGACAUCGUGGAGGGCAUGAUAUUCUUGCACAACAGUCUACUCGACUAUCACGGAAGGCUUAAGUCCACCAAUUGUGUGGUCGACGGAAGGUUUAUGGUUAAGAUCACUGACUAUGGACUCAGAGCUCUGCACCAUCAGGUCUCUCAGGAACAGGACAUCAAUCCCAGAGCACUCUUUUGGACGGCACCCGAGCACUUGAGAGCUAGAGAUCCCAUAAAUACGGGUUCAAAGAAAGGCGAUGUCUAUGCGUUUGCGGUAAUGCUUCAGGAAAUCAUCACUCGUUGCGGACCUUUUGAGUCAUUGGAGCGUUUGGGUCGCAAACGCAUAGUCUAUGAGCCCAACGAAGUGUUGGACCGAAUCCGUAUGGGAACUGUACCCCCAUUCAGACCAGAGGUGGCCCCCGACGAGUGCUCCAAAGAGUUGCUUAAUUUGAUGCACGAGUGCUGGUCUGAGCAGCCGAUGACUCGACCGGACUUUCCCCAAAUCAAGCUGAAGCUGCGGAAGAUUACUCAGGGUAUCUCCAGCCGUAACUUUUUGGACAAUUUACUGCAACGUAUGGAACAGUAUUCACAAAACUUGGAGCGAAUUGUGGCCGAAAAGACCGAAUCGGUUAUCGAAGAGAAACGCAAAACCGAAGAACUUUUGUAUCAAUUAUUGCCCCGUUUUGUGGCCGAAGAGCUCCGGAAAGGCAUUCAUAUUCAGCCGGAAAGCUUUGAAGCCGUCACUAUCUUCUUCUCGGAUAUCGUGGGCUUUACAUCACUUUCAGCCGUAUCUACUCCUAUGCAAGUGGUGGACCUUCUCAAUGAUCUGUACACAUGUUUUGACGCAAUCAUUGAGAUCUAUGACACGUAUAAAGUGGAGACUAUAGGCGACGCAUAUAUGGUGGCGUCGGGUCUGCCCAUCAGGAAUGGCGACGAACACGUGCGAGAAAUAGCACGACUGGCCCUCGACCUCCGAAAAGCAACGAAUGCCUUCAAAAUACGACAUUUGCCUAAAAGGAAACUUCAAUUGAGAAUCGGUUUCCACAGCGGGCCCUGUGUUGCCGGUGUGGUCGGCCUCAAAAUGCCUAAAUACUGUCUGUUUGGAGAUACUGUGAAUACUGCCUCGAGAAUGGAAACAAAUGGUGAGCCCCUGAAGAUCCAUAUAUCGGAACAAUCGAUGAAACUGUUGCAAGCAUUUGGCACAUUUGUGGUCGUCCCUCGCGGAGAGAUCGAGAUUAAGGGAAAGGGAACGAUGACUACCUAUUGGUUGGAGUCGGAGAACCAGAAGCUGGUGCACAGCAACAACAGUAAUAGUUAUAGCAGUAGUUAUAAGCAACAGAUUGACAGCAUCACCGAAGGGAUCCCAACCAUACAGACAUGAAAUCAAGACGUGUUACAUGCAUUCAAUUGCAU